GAGCCAUGGAAAAUGGAGACAUAGACUUGGCUAGUGCAGAGAAGGAACGAUUAGAGGAAAAACAAAGAGCUGCACGCAGAGAUCGAUCAAAGGAUGAAGAGGAGUGGUCGACCAGCAAACCCUCCUCAUCAUGGCAUCUGGAGCUCUGUUCCCCAGCCUGGUGUCUGGCUCCCGCGGCUCCUCCAGCAAAUACCUGGUGGAGUUUCGGGCCGGUAAGAUGACGAUGAAGGGGAGCACGGUGACCCCUGACAAGCGUAAAGGUCAGGUCUACAUCCAGCAGACGGAUGACUCCCUCAUCCACUUCUGCUGGAAGGAUCGCACCACUGGGAAUGUGGACGAUGACCUGAUUAUCUUCCCCGAUGAUUGUGAGUUUAAACGGGUCAACCAGUGCACCACUGGACGGGUUUACGUGCUGAAGUUUAAAGCCGGCUCUAAAAGACUCUUCUUCUGGAUGCAGGAACCAAAGAACGAUAAGGAUGACGAGUACUGUCGCAAAGUAAACGAGUACCUGAACAACCCGCCCAUACCGGGCGCUCUUGGCAGCAGCGGCAGUGGAGGACACGAUCUGUCUGCAUUGGGAGGGGAGGGUGGUCUGCAGAGCCUUCUGGGUAACAUGAGCCACAACCAGCUCAUGCAACUCAUCGGACCAACUGGACUGGGGGGGAUUGGUGGUCUUGGGGCUCUGGCUGGACCAGGCUUGGCCAACCUUCUGGGGAGCAGCAGCAGCAGCGUUCCUGCAGUUAGCAACUCUACAACAAGUCCAUCUACGGCCGUCACACCAACCUCCACCUCUGCGGCCAGCCGGCUCGGCUCCUCCCAGUUGCCAACCACUCCCAUCACCCCCCUGGCCACCUCUGCGGCCUCCCCCACAGCAACCUCCCCCUCCACCCCUGCUGCCACAGCAGCUGCAGCCAACCCCACGCAGCCCAUCCAGCUCAGAGACCUUCAGAGCAUCCUGGCCACCAUGAAUGUUCCUGCCAGCAGUCAGGGAGUGGACCUCGCCAGCGUGCUGACCCCUGAGGUCAUGGCUCCCAUCCUGGCCAACCCAGAGGUGCAGCAGAGGCUGAUGCCCUACCUGCCAUCCGGAGAGUCGCUGCCUCAGAGCUCAGAGGAGCUGCACAACACGCUCAGCUCGCCUCAGUUUCAGCAGGCUAUGAGCAUGUUCAGCAGCGCUCUGGCGUCUGGCCAGUUGGGGCCUCUGAUGAACCAGUUUGGUCUCCCAGCAGAGGCUGUUGAUGCUGCCAACAAAGGAGAUGUGGAGGCUUUUGCCAAAGCCAUGGAGACGGAGACAAAGUCGGACCAGGAGAGCGACUCCAAAGACAAGAAAGACGACGAUGAAGACAUGAGUCUGGACUAAAUGUUCUUUAAAGAAUGCUAAGAUUAUUAUUUAUAUUUAUUUAUUUACCUGCUGCUGUCUUGCUUCUAUUACUCAGCAUAAAACCCUAAUUUAGUAACUACUGCUACACUCUCAGCUGAUCCCGUCUGUCUCACCAUGUUAACCUGAUCUGUCUUAAUCCCAGGAAACGGUAAAGUCUGAAACAAAA